AUGCAGGGUAUCCGUUAUCGUUAUUCUGGACUGUACGAUGACUUCGCCAAAUUCCCAGAGCUUGCAAAGUUUCGGCGAUAUCUGGACUACUGGUCUUGGAUGCUGUACAACGAAAAUCGGGAGAUUGAACAGAAAAUCCGAGAAUGCAACAAGAUCGUCGCAAACAUCCAUAGUAUACCUCCGGUUCGUAACGUCUUCACGCUAAUGGACUAUCAUCAAGCCUAUGUAUCGGAAGAGGAUCCCACACUGAAGACAGAAAUCGAUAACCUGAAAAAACUGAUUAGGCGAUAUGGGAAAGACCUUACUCUCGCCCACGCCAUUGCCAACUUACCUGAUCAGUCCGAAAUAUGGGCAAAACACUUCUCCGAGCGCAAAACGUCGUUCCAAGAUGGUCGUUUCGGCCCGACGAAGGAGGAUGCUACCAUAUACACCCAAAUCCCAUCGCAUGCGGACACUUGCUCUCUCAGAGCUAGCGAAGCAGAUCAACAAGAUUACUUGACAAGUUUUGCGAUCCGUCAUCUUAAAUCGAUCAACAUCCGUUUAAGGAAGUGGAUCGCUCGCCGUCCAAAACAACAGUGCCAAGAGGAAGACGUCGCUCCGGAACGUUUCGUUGAGCUCGAGAAGAUUGUCACAAUAGCCAAUGUGCUCUCUGGAAUUUAUGUUCCUGUACUUUUGGCCGGAUGCCUUGGGGUUCUUAGCAGUAUCGGAUCUGAGAAACGGCGCAUCGUCGUGCUCGGUGCCUUUGGCUUGCUGCUCACCACAUUACUAAAUUUGUGCGUUCCGACGCUGAAACGGAGCGACAUGUUCGCGAUCACAGCGGCUUUCUUUGCGGUGGGUGGAAUAUAUGUGGGGGCAAAGAGCAUUUGA